CGCACGUCCUAAGAGAAGCGUGUUUCACGUGGCUUCCAUAUUCCAGCCAGACGUUUUGUUAUGGCUAACAUGAUAUUAGAAAGUCUUCACUGCUAAAAUUAUGUCCAUAGCUCCAAAAUGAGCAACACAGUCACCGACCAUGGCUGCCUCCCCCUCUCCUCUCUCCGUCUCCUCGUCCCUCCAGUGCAGCUGCUGUCUGCAGCUCUGUGGCAGAUAGUGAAGCAGGGAGCUGUGGAGUACUACGGUCUGCUGGAGGAGUUCAUUAGCACAGUGCUGGAAACAGUCCCUGAACUGCUCACUGACACAGAGGCAGUGCAGCUAGUUGUGGGCCUACAUGCAAAAGUGGUGCUAGAGUUGUGCUGCAGUGAUGACUUUGCCAGACCAGAGAACAUCCAGCCUCAUCUGAGUAGAAUAAACACUUACAUAACAAAGCAGGAUAAAGAGACAUCUAGCUUUGCUGUAAAGGCAUCCAUGACAAACUUCCUGAAGCUUGUCCACACUCUUGUGGAUGAUCAACACCAGAGGGACAUCUUUUAUCAGAAAAUCUUCCCCACAGUGUUUGGCGAUAAAUAUGACUCAGCCCUGCAGACUCUAAUGAGAAAAUUCCUCUUUAAUCUUCAGAAGCUGCUGCCUGUUCCCUCCCUCGAACAAACUUCCCUUUGGCUCAGUCUCUCCCCUCCUGUCUUGAAAGAGUGUGUAGACUUUGUGAGUCAACCUGAGCAUCUGACAACACUUAUUCAGCAUCACAAAAAUCAUGGGCAUGAAGUUCCACAAGCUCUGCCUUCCGCUGGUGAUGACUGCAUCCUUUCCAGCCUGUCUUAUCACCUAGCAAAGAUGGACAAUGAUGAAGGAAACACAGCUGUCAAAUCUGGAUCCGACUGGCACAGAGAGAACUCACUUGGAAGUGUGUCUGAAGAGGACAGAGAAGAGAACUUUGAGGAAAUGGAUUCAGAAGUGGCGAUGAUUGAAGAGAGAAACGGGCAGCAGCACACUGAUGAUCUGACAGAACAUGAAGGAGCCUCUGUUGAAGUAAUACUUCAACCUUUUUAUGAAAGUGAUCCUAAUGACGAUGAAGACAUGGACAAAAAAUGGUUUCAACAUUUAAAAACGCACAAUAGGACAUCUGCAAAAACCUUUAAGUGUCUUGCUUGUGGUCAGGAGUUUUGUUCCUCUGGAAAACUAAAAAGGCACAAGAUGACUCAGAGAGGUUGCUUGAUGAACAAACUGGGUCAGUCAGAUUCUGCUCACCAAAGUAACAUCCUUAAGAAGAUUAAUUUACAUCCUAAACCUAAGAGUUGUAUUGAAAAUACUGCUUCUAAAGAUGAGCUUUCAACACAUAACCCAUCUAAUCCAAAUAGUCUUCGUAACUCUGAGCAGUCUAAUGAUCACUGCAGUCUUGUUUGUCAUGGUUGUGAUAAAGUUUUCACUUACCCAAAGAAUUUUGACAAACACCAGAGGAUUUGUGUGGUCAGUGUUAAACAGCAUACCGACCCACUGUGUUCUACAAGCUUAGCUCAUCACUCCAAACCAAACCCUGUUGUUCCAACCAAAGAGCCUUUCUCUAGUGAAACUGAGCCUCUAAGUGUUGCGCCCCAGGAACUGAUAACUUCUGACUCGGGUAAAAGAAGCAACCGCAUCAAAACAUGCUCGAUUUGUAGGGAAAUAUUCACUUGUUCUGCUGACUUGACAAGUCACAUGAGAUGCCACACUGACCAGAGCCCUUACUUUUGUUUCCAGUGUGGGAAAGAAUUUGACAGCUGUGAAGACUGGGAGACACACCAAGAAGGUGAAUGCAGAAACCACCAUCCACAUGUAGAGAGGGAAUACACACAGGAGAAUCAUAAGAAUUCAGCUCUUUCAAGGGCUCCAGCUCAGAUCCAAACAGUCAUAGAUGUAACUGCAGACUCUCAGGUUUGUAAAUCGCCUUUGACAUGUCAGGAAUGUGGCCAAGCUUUUGCCUACUACAAGAGUUUUGAGAAGCACCAAAGCAAAUGUUGCAAAAGAGCUCCUCAAAGAAAAAAGCGAACAAAUUCGAAUCAUUUCAUUAUCAGUGCUUGUAAUUUCCAAUCAGCCGACACAAGUUCUGAAACAGUGGAAAGUGAGACUGUAGCACCUCAAAACUCUGCAAACUGUGCAGAUGGCUCCCUGAAUACGUCUCGCAUCAUCAAGUGCACCAUGUGUGAAAAGAACUUUUCAGAUAUUGUCCUCAUGAGGAGACACUAUUCCAAGUCCCAUAAAGUCAGAGGCCCAUACCCGUGUCCUCUAUGCAAGAGAACUUUUGUGAGGUUGUGCGAAUUGGUUCGACAUCAGCAGAACAAAAAGCUGUACCAGUGUGCUGCCUGUAAGAAAUGUUAUGCAAAGCCAGGAGCACUGAACGAUCAUGAAAAGGUUCACACGACAAGCGCAACACCACACGUUUGUGAAACAUGUGGGAAGAGCUUCAGAUCUCUGCCUUAUCUGAUUCUGCACCAGAGGAAGCACAGAGAGCGGCAGCCCAGAGAGCGGCAGCCCAGUGUUUGUUCCUACUGCGGGAAACAGUUCGGUACAAAAGUCUGCUUGAAAGCACAUAUGGUGAGGCACACGGGUGGGUACCCAUGCCAAUUGUGCGGGAAGAAAUUCUAUCAAAAAACAUACCUCAAAUGGCAUCUGAAUAAACACGCAGGGCAGGAGCCGUACCUGUGUGACACCUGUGGGAAAGGCUGGCCGAGCGCAGCGCAGCUCGAGCGUCACAUGGUUCAGCAUACAGAGGAAAGGCCGUUCAAGUGUGAAGACUGCGGUGCUACCUACAAGAGAGGAUCCCAUUUGAUGGCUCACCGAAGAGCCAAGCACAUCAGGUUGAGGCCAUUUGUGUGUGACGUUUGCAGCAGAGCGUUCAGGUUAAACAGCGAGCUGAAUAGGCACAUGAUGAUUCAUACAGGCGAGCGGCCGUUCGCGUGUCUGAGAUGUAGGAAAACCUUUACACGAAAAUCUCACCUCAGGGAGCACAGAGAAAAGGCAUGUUUGUAAAUGAACGCAUUGAAAGUGCUAGAAAGCCUCAUAAGCCUCGUUAGCAACGAUGUCUCCAUGCUGUGUAUGUAUGACAACUUUUAUAGUGUAGCGACAGCUUUGUAAACAUAGUCCAACACUGUCUGACCAGGUGGAUGACUUUCAUUCACUGAGAAUACAAAUUGCUGUGCAACACAGCACGAGUCUUUGCUUAAAUAUUCAGAUCUUUACAAGAUUAUACCAAACGCUUCAAGAGACCCAAAGUUGUAUACAGCGUUACAUAAUGCUACAACAUCUGUACUGACUUUGAGGUACAUUUUUCAAGCAAAAAUGCAAAACAUUUUGUAGCUUCAGACAGAUUUGUAAAUGUGAAUUUUAUGUGUUUAUUUACUGCUCUAAAACAUUGUAUGUCAUGAAUGUAAAUUUGUUGUGUCUUUGUUACUGUUAGUCCAACAACACAUUCCCUCUAAAGAAGUCAAUCAGGGCUUUUGGGAAAUUGUGAUGAACUUUUCCAACAUUAUAUGAUAUUGUGGUAACUGAUUUUUCAGAAAAAUAAUAACCAAAUUAAGUGAUACAGAUAAUGCUAGUGGUCAUAAAUAUAUAUGGGUAACAGACAGCCAGAGAAGGAUGUAUUGAAAAUCAUUUGAUGAAGGACAGUUGUUGAAAUUGUCUCUAUAAAUAGUCAAAUUCAAUAUAUUUCUGUUGAAACUUUAGCAGUAUUUGCAUUGAUUUUCAUAAACUUUUUUUUUAAUAAAAUGCUUUGCAAUCGAUGAUUCUUUUGUCUUAAAGCAAUCAGUUGCUGAAAAUUUGGGAAAACGGCUGUAAAAGUUUCACAAAUCAGGUUCUGAUGUGUUGUCAGUUUAUAACAACGUGAAUGUCAAGAAAAUCAGUUGUUGAAGUGGUUAUUGGUUGUUUUUUCUAAUCAUUUAUCAACUGAUUUUCCAGGACAUCUUUGCUACAUCUGCAUGUGCAUGGACAUGCAAUCAUAUGCAGCAGCUCCACCAGGGAGCAGUGGUGCUCCAGGGACUGACAAACUGUGUUCUCUAUACAUUAUCUGUCAUUUGGUUAAUUUACAGUGUCAAAACAACACCUCCCAUGAGAUUAUGUAAGAAAAUACUUUAAAUAACUCUUUGACCAUAGACAAUUUUGGUAAUAAAAAUCGCCCUGCGUGACUGUAAUCUUCUUUAUGUUUCAGAGGAUAAAGAUGUAACUGUAUGGCAUGAAUGUUAAAUCUUUGAUUACAUCUGUUGUCUGUAUAUAGACA